AUAAAAAUUACACUCAGUAGAGUCCAUGAACAAGCAAAAUUUCAGUAUCGUUUCUGCAAUCGAGCAGACAAACGCACAGCGCGUGCCUGACCUACAUGAACUGAAGUAACCUUUGAUGCGCCUGCUUGGAAGAGACUAGUUAAGCUAUUAACCGAUUUGGCACGAACUUUACACACCCGCCUCUCUCAUCACCCGGGUCGGCAGAUUGUACAAACCGGCGUGCGCGCUGAAGUGCUCCCGGCGUUCCACUUGCAGACUGCCUUUCAGUCCUGCGCAGCAUCAGACAUGGUCGGUAGGAGACGGAACGGGUCUCGCGCGAACGGAGGCGCACAGACGAAGCCUCGGGGAAGAGCACCGCGACAGACUCUAAGGGAGCCAGCCAUUUUUGCGGGAGAGAAGAGCUGUGAAUGUCGCGCGCCUCAUGAGAAGCUGACCAUUACACAGGCCCGUCGUGGCACACCAGUGGACCGGCCGGUUCGAGUCUACGCUGACGGGAUCUUUGACCUCUUCCACUCGGGUCAUGCUCGUGCUCUGAUGCAGGCCAAGAACCUGUUUCCAAACACGUACCUGAUCGUAGGAGUGUGCAGCGACGAUCUCACGCACAGGUACAAGGGCUUCACCGUGAUGACGGAGGACGAGCGGUACGAGGCACUACGGCACUGCCGCUACGUGGACGAGGUUGUGCGCGACGCUCCCUGGACCCUCAGCCCUGAAUUCCUGGAGAAACAUAAGAUUGACUUUGUUGCGCAUGACGAUAUCCCAUACUCCUCGGCUGGAUCAGAGGAUGUUUAUAAACACAUCAAGGAAGCAGGAAUGUUUGUGCCCACUCAGCGGACAGACGGCAUUUCCACCUCUGACAUCAUCACUCGAAUCGUACGAGACUAUGAUGUCUACGCGCGGCGCAACCUACAGAGGGGCUACACUGCCAGGGAGCUCAACGUCAGCUUCAUCAACGAAAAGAAGUACAGGCUGCAGAACCAAGUGGACAGGAUGAAGGAGAAGGUGAAGACAGUGGAAGAGCGCUCCAAGCACUUUGUGUAUAAAGUAGAAGAGAAAAGCCAUGAUCUCAUCCUAAAGUGGGAAGAGAAAUCCCGCGAGUUCAUUGGGAACUUCCUGGAGCUGUUUGGGCCAGACGGAGCCUGGAAGCAGAUGUUUCAGGAGCGAAGCGGGAGGAUGCUGCAGGCCUUGUCGCCCUACCAGUCGCCCCAUCAGUCGCCCCGCGGGACACCCAGCAGCAGCCCCACACGGGAACGCUCCCCGUCCCGCUCCCCGUCACCUACCCGCCGCUGGCCCUUCAGCAAGCCCUCUCCGCCCUCCUCUCCCAAGGGUGCCUCAGCCUCUAUCAGCAGCAUGAGUGAGGGGGAUGAGGAUGAGAAGUAGGGCCACACACCACACAAACAAUAUACGCACACAUACAAAAACACACAAACAUACAGACACAAAGACAC